UCCACACGGAAUUGUGGGAUUGAUGUAAAGGUGACUGGGUGUUAUGUGGCGUAUUGUUAUUUGGUCUCAGUUGGAUGCUGUAAGACAAAAUGUGGAUUUCUUUUACUGGCUGUGGAUAACGCGAGUUAUUCACAGCCAGACGAAGCUCAUAUCAUCACGCCCCGAGACAACCAGAGUUUAGCGAUCACUUGGAUAAACGGCAGAAUACAGUCUAAAUGCUAACUGGGCCCUAAAUGUUGUCAACAUGGUACUGGAAGGUGCACGAGACUGGUACCACAACUUGGUAAAGAAGGUGGAUGAGAGGUCCAGCUCACAAGUUCUCAUCCAAGUGGUUGUCUUGAAUGCAAUGAAGCCUCGUCGCCUGUCUGCAAAGGUUAUUUUGCAGGCCAGUGUAUACACUGUUAUAAUCAUUGUGCUAGCAUUUAUUCUGCUGUACACAUUUCUACUCACCUAUGUGGACAGACAUUUGAAGAUGGCUGCGUCUAGCGAAAGUCAGGCUCAUCUACCACUAGAGAUUCCUCACAAAAAUACUCAUAGCAAUCACAAAGUCAAAUAUCAGUCCAAAACCUCAGGAAACUAUAGACUACAUAAUGUGGAAGAAGGUGGCGGGGAAUGAAAAUACUCUCCAUUUCCAUACAGGUAGUAACUCUCACAGAAAGGUGUUGUGGAAUUCCUUCAAACUUUUAUGAUGUGUUCAGUACCAGUCCAAAGUGUCAGAGGAACACAUCACUAUUGACUAUCAUCAUCACAUCAUCACCAGAUCACUUGGAUCAGAGGAGUCAGAUUCGCCAGACAUGGUGUAAUGCAUCAGCAACAGGAUACCAGAAGGGGGAAUGGCAGUGUGUGUUUCUGAUAGGCCAGACAUCCCUCUCUUACAUUGAUUCUGCAGUAGAAGAAGAGGCUGACAACUUCCAGGACAUUCUCAGGGGAACAUACAUAGAUUCAUAUCGCAAUCUUACACUGAAGGUGCUGCAUGGACUUAACUGGGUCAGCAGGCUAUGUCCUACACAGUACACACUUAAGACAGAUGAUGACUGUUUUGUUAACACGCUACAGUUGUAUGACUUCCUUCAGCAUAGUAACACCAUCAAAACAAAUCUGUAUGUGGGCAAUAUUUUUCACAAACUACAAAAAAGGAAGGUGGUACGCAGUGUGAGUAGCAAGUGGUCAGUUUCCAAGUCUGACUAUUCUCCUGACCAUUACCCCCCUUAUGCUAGUGGGACAGGCUAUGUGUUGUCUCGGGAUGUGGUGGACAGAGUUGUUGUGGAGAGUCAGUAUAUUAAAGCCAUUCCUAAUGAGGAUGCUUUCAUAGGUAUUGUGGUCAACUUACUGAGAGUGGAACCAACAUCCAGCUUCCGUUUUACUUUCUUCAGUGAAGGACUGAGGUUGUGUAACUACCUGUAUGUUUUGGUGGUGCAUCGUGUGCAGCCAGAGCAGCACCAUAUUUUGCAUGCUAGCAUGUUGAAGGCCCCACAGUCAUGUCAGGGGGACACUGGAGAUCUUCACUCUUGGUCAUGACAUAGAGUCAACUGCACAGGAUAUUUUGCAGAGAGAAGAGGUUUUCCAUUCAUGCUGGGCAUGCUGUUGUUGAGUUUUUGUAAUGGUGGCUGCACUCGUAUGCCUUUUAUUGUUUGUUUUUCCCAUCUUUGUGAAUUCUUCAUAAAGACACAUUAGUGUUUCUAACUAAAUUUAACUUUGAUGAACUUGCAAAAAAAUUCAUUGUUAUCA